AUGGAAAAGGUGAUCAAUGAGAUUCAUUUAGAUCAUGCAGAUCGUGAUUCACCUAUGCUUAAGCGGUGUGUUAAGAGGAUGGUCCUAAAUGAUGUGAGCCCUGAGGAAGGAGCUUUGCUGGCUAGAGACAUGGGUGCUAUCUUCUUGAAACAGACCCUGCAGAGUAAGAAAGAGAAGAAGAAGAAGAAGAAAGUGUUUGUUUCUGAAAAAGUUAGUGCCAUGAUUCAGAGCAAGAUUCCAGAGAAGUUACCUGAUCUAGGAAGUUUCGUGCUAGACUGCUCUAUCUUCACAGAGAGAUUUCCUCACUCUCUUUGUGAUCUUGGCUCAGGUAUCAACUUGAUACCAUACUCUGUUGCUGUGAGACUUGGGUUGACAGAUUUCAAGCCUACUAGGAUCUCUCUUAUCCUAGCUGAUAGGUCUAAAAGAAUUCCCGAAGGUCUUUUAGAGGAUGUUCUAAUAAGGAUUGGUGAAUGCAUAAUUCCUACAGACUUUGUGGUUUUGAAGUAUAGCGAAGAACCUCAGGAUCCUCUUAUCCUUGGGAGAUCUUUCUUGGCUACCGCUGGUGCUCUUAUAGAUGUUCAGAAAGGAACGAUUGGACUGCAUGUGGGUGAUUUGGUUAUGAACUUUGACAUGGACAAGUUAAGGAGAGCACCUACUAUUGAUGGCCAGACUUUUUCUCUAGAGGAAGCCAUGGAUGACGUGGCAGUCAUAGAGUAUUCAGAAGAUAUUACUGCUAGGGACCAGAGCGAGGGUCUAGCUACUGCUAAGUUAUUGGAAGAUGAUGUUUUUGUGCUAGAGAUGAGGAUCGCUGAGACAAAUUGCAGAAAAAGUGCUGAAACACAAACAUCAAGCUCAGUGUCGAUCGACACCCCUCGCCACGACAGUCCGAACUUGCCAAAAAUGGAUGGUUUUCGGGUUGAUCUUACUACUGCAAGCUUGAGCCCUGUUCUGAAUCGGAAAGCUUCACCACCCAUACUCCAGAGACCUCGAGAAAAGCAAAGGUACGCAACUUCUUUACCCAAAUCUUCUCAUAUGAUCAAUAAGACUUUCAAAGGUACAAAGACUGUUUUGCAGUUAACCAAGCCACGAGACUAUCGUAGAGCGCUUGUUGGUUCUUUUGAUGAUGUUGCAGGUAGAAGAGGUGUCCCACCCAUACCUAGACUCUGCCCUGCUGCUGUUCCUCGUGUACUUGGUCGAUCUCCUACACCUAAUGCUUAUAAACCACCUUGGAUGAUGAGACACUAUUCUCGGAGGCAUUUAGUGCCACUUUCUGACCAACCGGAUGCAUGA